AUGAAAACCAUCAUUGCAGCCUGUUCCCAAAACCUGAGUGGCAGCCGUGCCAGCAUCCAGAGAGCCCUGCGCACCCUGCUGGUCUCACCUUGGCCCUCGCGGUGGGACCUGAGCUCCUGGCUCCAGCUCCUCUCCGUCCUGCAGUGGGUGCUCAGCUUCCUGCUGCUGGGUGAGCUGAGGGGGCUCUGGGGGAGGGUCCUGGGGGUGGGGGGAGGCCUGUGCCCGGUGACACGCCGCGCCAUCGGGUACCUGCUGUCCCAGAACGGCACGGGCAACGCGGUGACCAUCGUCAUCGGCGGCGCGGCCGAGUCGCUCUCCUGCCGCCCCGGCGUCACCACCCUCAUCCUCAGGAAGCGCAAGGGCUUCGUCCGCAUGGCCCUGCAGCACGGGGCACACCUGGUCCCGUCCUUCUCCUUCGGGGAGAACGACCUGUUCCGCCAGGUGGUGUUUGAGGAGGGCACCUGGAUGAGGAGCAUCCAACAGCGCUUCCAGAAGAUUAUGGGCUUUGCUCCUUGUGUCUUCUACGGCCGGGGUCUCACCUCUGUCCAGUCCUGGGGCUUCCUCCCCUACCCCAGGCCCAUCACCACCGUGGUGGGGGAGCCAGUGAUGGUGCCCAAGAUCAAGAACCCAAGCCCUGAGGUGGUGGACAUGUACCACGAGAUGUACAUCAGCUCCCUGCUCAAGCUCUUCCAUGAGAACAAGACCAAGUACGGGCUGUCAGAGGCGGACGAGCUGCACAUCCUCUGA